AUGUCGUCCUUGAAGAAUAACUGUACAGACAAAACUAGAUCGAUCAGUAAUCAGUUCUCAUCUCCACGCACACAGGACCCCCAACCAACCACUUCCACUGCUAAACCUCCCAUUUUCUCCUUCUGUCCCCUGACGGAGGCUGAAGUAUCCAAACUUCUCCUCUCCAACCAUCCUACAACAUGUCCUCUUGACCCAAUCCCCUCGCACCUUCUGCAAGCAAUCUCUCCCACGCUCUUACCGACACUCACACACAUCAUCAACACAUCCCUCCUCACAGGCAUCUUCCCCACUGCGUUCAAGCAGGCUCGGGUAACCCCACUGCUCAAAAAACCUACAUUAAACACUUCUCUUAUAGAAAACUAUAGACCUGUCUCUCUCCUUCCAUUCAUAGCGAAAACACUUGAACGUGUUGUCUUCAACCAGGUCUCAUUGUUUCUUUCACAGAACAACAAACUGGACGCUAAACAGUCAGGUUUCAGGAGUGGCCAUUCAACUGAGACUGCGCUUCUCUCGGUCACUGAAGCCCUGCGAAUUGCAAAAGCCCAUUCCAAAUCAUCAGUCCUCAUUCUGCUGGAUCUAUCUGCCGCGUUUGACACUGUCAAUCAUCAGAUACUCCUCUCCACUCUCUCAUCACUGGGCAUCGCUGGAAUUCCACUUCGCUGGUUUGAAUCCUAUCUCACUGAUGAUCCAACGGUAGCUGCAAGGAUCUCAGGUUGCCUGUCAGACAUCUCGGCAUGGAUGAAAGAACAUCACCUCCAGCUCAACCUGGCAAAGACUGAGCUUCUUGUCUUUCCUGCCGCUCCAACUCUACAGCAUGACAUCACGAUCCAGUUAGGUUCAUCAACAAUUACCCCAUCAACUUCGGUCAGAAAUCUUGGUGUAAUCUUUGAUGACCAGCUGACCUUCAAAGACCACAUUGCAAAGACUGCUCGAUCUUGCAGGUUUGCACUACACAACAUCAGAAAGAUCAGGCCCUUUCUGACGGAGCAUGCUGCACAACUUCUUGUCCAGGCCCUUGUCAUUUCUAGGCUGGACUACUGCAAUGCUCUUCUGGCUGGACUUCCAUCAAACACAGUCAAACCUCUACAAAUGAUUCAGAAUGCGGCGGCACGACUGGUCUUCAAGGAACCCAAAAGAGCCCAUGUUACACCUCUCUUUAUCUCAUUGCAUUGGCUACCAAUCGCAGCUCGCAUCAAGUUCAAGACACUGAUGCUUGCUCAUAGAACAACCACAGGCUCAGCACCCGCCUACAUGCACUCACUAUUAAGAAUCUACAUCCCUCCAGAAGUCUGAGAUCUGCUAGUGAGCGACGCCUCGUGGUACCAUCACAAAGAGGCUCAAAAUCACUCUCCAGAACAUUCUCGUUCACCAUUCCUGGCUGGUGGAAUGAUCUUCCCACCCAUAUUCGGAGUACUGGAUCCCUGUCAAUCUUCAAGCAACAGCUGAAAACUCAUCUCUUUCGACACUACUUGACUUCAACCUACACAUAAAAAAAAAAAAAAAAAAAAAAAUCUUUCUCCUUACUUAUUCCUUCCCUUGCUAGCUUGUACUUAUUUAAACAAUGCCUGAGACUUGGUGUUACAAGCACUUCCUUUGUCGAAUUGCCUCUUCAAGAUGAAUCGCUUCAUGUGUUCCCCAAAUUGUAAGUCGCUUUGGAUAAAAGCGUCUGCAAAAUGACUAAAUGUAAAUGUAAAUG